AUGAGGCGCCAUCUGGUGGUUAAAAGUGGGUCUCAGUCUCAGAAAGGCCCCUGCAAGAUUCUGGGUGGAGGCUGGACCUUUAGACAGACAGGCUGUCUCUCCACUAUUUUCAAUGAGCUGUGGAGUUUGGAUGUGAAUCGCAUGACACCUGGGAUAGACUACACGAUCUCUUUUCAGGGUAGAGCAAGCUUUGUAAGUCAGGGCAUCCACACGGUGCUGGAUCACGCCUCACAGCCGCUCUUCUCCAACGUUAAUGAGAGCAAACUGAGAAAUAUAACCACUUUCUCUAGCUUUGUGACACUGCUGGACAACUAUGAGCGGUCUACUGGCGUGACGGAACAAGUCACCACAGAGGAGCUCACAGAGAUGGAUCUCUUCUUGGACGCCGUCUUAGAGACAAAAGUCAUGAAGGUAUGCGUCACAACAAGCUCUGUCGAGCAGAAAGUUUACAUUUGUGAGAUUCUGCAACACUAUAAUUUAAUAUGCAUUUCUUUGGUAAGAAGUAUGUGUGUUUCUGUUCUUAAAUUGAUCAUCACCAGCCUGGACUCCAGUGGAUUUGAACAUGUGUUUGUUGGCGAGACAAAAUCAGGAACAGAAAUCAUUGGUUUUCACAACUGGGUCCAGUUCUACCUGCAAGAGAAAAACCAACACUUGGACUACAAAGGAUAUAAAGCCAGGGAGCAUGAUUUGCCUGAUCAAGAUGACCACGUUCUCAACCUUCAGUUCAGCUGGCACGGUGUGGUGAAGCCCGUUGGCAGUGCCUUCAUCGGCACCAGCCCCGAGUUUGAGAUGGCCGUCUUCCUCAUGAACA